AUGGCACGGUUCAAAAAUCAAGCUAACGAAACCAACUAUAACCGUCUGGUCGCCCAUUGUGAAAAGCCAACGACAUUUGGUCAACAAAUACAUUCAUCAACUGGAGAAAAUAUUAGUUCAACUAUUCUUUCGGAGUUAGAUAAAAUUGGCAUAAAUAUAAAAGAUUGUAGAGGGCAAAGUUACGACAACGGCACUAACAUGAAAGGAGAUAUGGCCAAAUGUAAUUCGAAAGCAAUGACAUUUUUUGGUACAAUGAAUAGAAUAUAUUCGUUAUUUGCAGCUUCUCCAAUAAGAUGGUUUAUUUUAAAAAAACAUGUGCCUAAUUGUUCAGUGAAACGACUAUCGGAAACUAGAUGGGAAAGUAGAGUUGAUAGCGUAAAACCUAUAAGAUAUCAUGCUGCCUUAAUUAGAGAUGCUCUUAUAGAAGUAGCUGAAAGUACAACUAAACCUACUAUAAAAAAUGAAGCUGAAUCACUUGCGAUAAAUGAAUUGGAAAAUUUGGAAUUUAUUGUGAGCGUAAUAAUAUGGUAUGAUCUUCUCCUAUCGGUCAAUAGCGUUAGCAAAAUAUUACAGUUAAGAGAUAUGAAUUUGGAUGUCGCAAUCAACGGUUUAAAAGAUUUACUACAGUUUUUAAAAAAUUAUAGAGAUAUCGGAUUUAAUUCUGCAAUAAAACAAUGA